ACGUUGCCUCCCUUUUUUACCACCCUCCUCCUUGCUCUUCAUAUCGUGCCUCACAUAUUACUUCCUCAUGGGGAACAAGUCCUGUCAGAACCAAGCCUAGCACUGACGAUCCCCCCCAGCGAAGACCGAGUGAGGCUUGCAACCUUGUGCUGAUUCUCACGCGAGAAUUUACCAGUACCAAGUUGUUUCUUCCCCAUCUCUGGUCCUGGGCUCCCCUCCGUUGUCAAUACUCGGGUGGUACCGAACCAAUAUUGGACCCCUUCUCUUGGGUCUUUUUGUUCUUACUACUCUGAGAAUAUUGAAGCAUUUUCUCCCUCAUUCGGCCAGGUGAUCCCUCUCUGGAGCCUCUCCUCGUGUGCAAAACAGAGAGCAAAAAAAGGAGAGACCCAUAUCCCUGCCAAAAAUCGUAUCAUCCUAUCACAAAUACCGCCUCACGAGGUUCACCACCAAGAUCGCGAUGCCUCACUCGUACUCACGCCGCUCUUCCUCGGCUUCUUCCUCAUCCUCGUCGUCCUCCACCCAGUCAAAUGUCUCAAUUGAGUCCUUCAACGUCAACGUGCCUCGCAAGAACAUCGUCAAGCCCCUGAUCUGGUUCGCAGGCGGCGACCCCCGCAGACACACCAACCUGCGGCGCCAGGUCACAACGAUCGAGGAGCCCAAUGGGCCCACCAGGACCGUGGAGAGGUACCUGCUCGUCCGUGAUCCUUCGGGCUACACCAUGUGGUUCUACGAGGACGACUAUGACGGCAGGAGCCACCACAGCUCGUCAUCCUCGAGGUCCUCCCGCAGCGGGAGGAGCAGCCGCCACUCGUCCCGAACCCAACCGGCUGCGGGUGGUGUGCCGGUGAGGCCACAUCCGCCCCCUCCACAGCACCCGCAGCACAUGGGAGGAGCCGGACCUUGGAUGCCCCCCCAAGGCGGUGGUGGUGGUAUGGGCAUGGGCAUGGGUAUGGGCAUGGGUCCACCGCCCAUGAUGAUGGGAGGGGGAGGAGGGCCUCCUCCUGGUGCCCCCAUUGAGAUCGUGGACGGCAUGAAUCCCAAUGAUGACGAUGACGACUACUCCUCGGUGUACAGUGGCAGCAGCUACAUGACCGGAUCAGUGCACCAGGCGCCCCAUCAGCCGCCCAUGUUCAUGCCUCCUGGGCCUGGCCCUAUGCAGAUGCCGCCCAUGAUGCACCAGCAACAGCACCAGCCUCCUCCUCCUCCUCCUCCACCGCAGGGCAAUCCUUUAGGCGAGGGCGGAGCUGGGUUCAUCCAGCUGAAUCCAUGAGUGUUUUUCUUUUCUUUUCACCUUUGUUUCCUUUUGGAGAGAGCAUUCACCAAGCGGCGUAUGAUUUAUUCAUGGGUUUUCAUCACGAGAUGACGAUGUAUUGUAAUGAGCACAUCUGCGUAUGGGUGUGUGUGUGUGUGUGUGUGUGUGUGUGUGUUCAUAACCGGUCUGGCACUAGCCAUGGGCAGAACUUGAAAAGGCCUACGAAAAAAAAAAAGAAGAAGAGGGAAAUGACAACAGCGCACGCACGGUACGGUACAGAAUAUCGGCGUUUGGGAUUCAAACAGGAGGAUGAACAGGACUUCCGGGAGGCAAAUGAGGAUGAAUCUCUUCAGCCCUGAUGAUGAGAGUGAUGAUCAUGUGUACUGUAUUUACGACUUGAGGAAUUGAACUGGUGGCAGCUACCUGGUGGUCGGCGUGCCUCCACUUUUCGACAAACACUAAAUGUUUACAUAUACGUUAUUCUAUUUUGCAUUUCAAAUUUUGGGGGAUGAC